CCGUUCUUGCCCCUCUGAAUGUGUCUUCUUCUACUUCUUCUUCUUCUUUGAGUGUGACUAACAGCCUAUCCGGACCUGCAGCAGGUCCAGACCCCGCUGCUGCUGCAGCAGCAAGUAGUAGUGCAGGGCAUUCUGGAACUGUUGCAGUCCCGAGUUCGGACCCAACAGCCGCUGGUCCAAGCUGCAGCUUUUCCUAUAUGGAUAGAAAGGCGGCCCAGAUUCCGUCUAAGUAUGACGGAAAGGAAGACAUCGAAUCUUGGAUCAGCUCCAUGCGAUCCUACUUCGAUGUGCUGAGGACACUCCCAGUUACUCAGUCGUCGGUCCUAGGGACCAAUGUGGAACCCGCCGUGAGAGGAUUCUUCGAGAUCCAGGCUGUACAAGCAAGCUAUAAAAGGAUAGACAUGAACAAAUGGCUGAAGGCUACGCCGGUAGCCACACUCGAAGAGCUCUUGAUCAAACAGUAUGCUGAUCCACAUGCUGCAGCCAAGACUAGACUCAAGCUUGACAAGCUCAAGCACAGCAAGUGGACCGGCACCAUGCACAACCUGCAACAGUAUGUUAGUAAACUCUUUGCUACUCCGGAUCUGGAGAUGACUCCGCAGUCCUGUCUGGAUGUGAUAAAAGUGCUGCUGCAAGACGAUGGUGAUGGCCUACGUCCGCUUGAAUACUACAGCAAACGCAUGCCCAGUCACAAGGUAGCUGCUUCCACUUACAUGCGAGAGCUCUAUGCCUUGAGAGAGGCACUGGAUCAUUGGAAACACUACCUCUUGGGUCGCCAUUUCAAAGUGUUCUCAUAUCACGAGACUUUGAAAUGGAUUCAGACACAGAUUAACCCCUCAACCACAUUGACCCGCUGGCUGCAUGAGAUUGAUAUGUAUGAUUUUGAGAUUAAGCACAAGAAAGGUUGUUACAAUCGAGUUGCGGAUGCUUUGUCUCGCCACCCUGAGUACAUGACUUGCCUUGUGGGUUCCUACGAUCUCCGUAAAAAUUUGAAGGAGGAACUCAUUGACCAUACUGCCAAGGAUCCGGAACUCAGUCCCAUCCUUGAGCAGAUUCGGGCUGACCCUAGCAGUCAGCCUGAUUUCCAUGAAUGUAAGGGCCUUCUCUUCCGACGCUACGGGAAGCAUGACCAAUUGUGUGUGCCCAACCAUGAGCCAAUUAUGACCCACUUCUUGGAUUUGGCUCACGGCCGGAGUGGACACUUCGGUGUUGAGAAGACACACGGGAAUCUGUUGGAAAAGUUUGUGUGGCCUGGAAUGAAAAGAAUGGCACAAAGGUUUGUGGCUGAGUGUGAAGUUUGUCAGCGCAUCAAACCGUCUCGGCAGAAGCCCUAUGGGCUGCUGCACCCUCUUCCUAUCCCUGAUGGCCCGGGUGAGUCUGUUUCCAUUGACUUCACGGACAUGGGGAAGAAGACCAGAAACGGUUAUACACAAGUAAUGGUGAUCGUUGAUCGUUUCUCGAAAUUUCUGAAUUUGAUCCCCUUGCCACCUCACGCCCCAACUGACCUUGUGAUCAAUGAGUUUAACAAGAGAUACAUUCUGCAUUAUGGCCCUCCAAGGACUCUUGUGAGUGAUCGGGAUACCAGGUUCAUAAGUGCAGAUUGGAAAGAUUUCACCUCCCAGACCUACGACAUGAAACUCAAGAUGACGUCUGGUCGACAUCCCGAAGCCAAUGGACUGGCCGAGGAGAUCAACCAGACCGUGAUCCAGCUUCUCAGGGCUCUAAUUGUACCUGAUCAGAACUCUUGGGAUGAGGAGUUGCCAAUUGUGCAGGGGUUGUGCAACAACUCCAUCCACUCCUCCACCAGGAUGACGCCUAACCGGCUGCAUCUUGGAUGGAAAAUCCACAACCCUCUAUCUUAUCUGUUCCCUGAACAGCCACCUGGCCUAACACAUGGCCAGCCAGGCUACAACGCUAAGUUUGACCGCCUGCUCAAAGUUGUUGUCGCAGCUAUGGAAAGGCGACACAGUGCCAUGAUUAAACGUGCUAACAAAAAGUGUCAGUGUGAACCUUUCACAGUGGGAAGUUAUGUCUGGGUCAAGAUGUCUGAGUUUUCUGAAGAAGAAGGCGUAUCACGGAAACUUCUUCCUCAGUACUACGGUCCCUGGCAGGUGCUGAAUCGAGUAGGUAAUGAUUCCUUCGGUCCUUCUUACACGAUUGAUGUGCCUGCUCAUCUGCGCACAUAUCCAGUCUUUCACGCAUCGAAGUUGUUUCCGUAUGAAUCACCCGAAACUUUCAAGUAUCGAGAAUCGAUGAUUCCCCGCGCAAUCAAUGGCGGUCACGAGACUGAUAGGAUUGUCGAGCACAGUGGGAAGGGAAGAAACAGACAGUACAAAGUCCAUUUUCUGUACCACCCGUUGGAUGAUUUCUACUGGAUUGCUAAGGACUUACUGCAGAGUGCACCGCGCGUCGUUAACGCCUAUGAACGAUUGAUAAGUUCUGAACAGCAACCAAAAUUCACUGCUACCCUGACUCCUACGGAACACACCCGAUCUCUCUUUGCUAUCUACGCCUACCAUGCAUUGUGCAAGGACUCUGAUUGAGUUACUCGCUCGAAGGGACCUCACUCUUGAGGGGGGGGUAGUGUAAUGAACCGUCAAAACACAG